UCCCUGCUGGAGAACUUGGCGAGGUCUCCUCUGCCCCUUGGUGUGCGAGCUGGAUGGCAGCUGGAGAGCGAAGCCAGUUGAGUCGCGUCCUCCCCUCCCUCUAGAGACACCAUCGCUUCUCCAUCUCCCCGCCCCUCGCAACCACCUACCGCUGCAAAACCGCUCUGCAGCCGCUGCCGCCGCCACCACCCCGCGCUCCGAUUUCCCCAGAGGCUUCUUGCCCCUUCCGCUCCCCUCGCCGACCACCCUCCUCCGUGCUUUUGGACCCUCACUCAUCCACGCUCGCUUUUCCUGCCUGUCUCCACGCUCCACAAGUGCCGCGCGCAGUUCACUCCCCGCGCUCUGAGGCUUCGGAAGGUGGGGGGGGGGAGAAAAAGAACAAGAGAGAGAGAUUGAGAGAGAGAGAGAAGAGGUGGGACUGGCACCCCCGCCCCCCAGCUCCGCAUGCUCGGCAGAGGCGGCCCUGCAAAGCUGCGCGGCCGCUAGGAGCUUCCCAGCGCGCUGAAAGCCACGGAGCUGUCCACGGUGCUGAAACCCCGCGCGGGCUGCCAGGCGAGCGGGCUCCCCGCGGUUGCCCGAGAGCCCCCUUUAUGUGCAGUUCUUGGCGCAUCGCAGCAGCGUCGAGCGGCUUGAGUUGCGGCGGCGGCGGCGGCGGAGACAGCCUCAGCUCGCCCGGGCUGGCGCUGAGAAGGAUGAAGGGCUUCCUCCGGCUGUUCUUGAGCUACUUGGUGGCGGACCUCCUCACCCUUUUGUGCCGGGCGCAGGAAAAAGCCGGGCAGCACUUGGGCAGCAUCGUGAUGCUCUCCGGGGGGAACCAGAGCCGAGAAGGGGAGCAGCAUGUCGACGCCUCGGAGCCGCCCCCGACCCCGGAGGAAUGCAGGGGCUACUACGACGUGAUGGGCCAGUGGGACCCGUCGUUCAAUUGCAGCGUCCGGGAAUACCCUUUCUGUUGCGGCACUUGUGGCUUUCGCUUCUGCUGCAAGUACCGGAAGGGCCGCUUGGAUCAGGAUAUCUGCACCAACUACAUCAAGCCCCCCUGGCUGAACGGGCGCAAGACGCCCAACCGCCCCGUCGACCCUUCCCACGACCCCACCCGAGACAAAACCAACCUCAUCGUCUACAUCAUCUGCGGGGUGGUGGCUGUCAUGGUAUUGGUGGGCAUCUUCACCAAACUGGGGCUGGAGAAAGCGCAUCGACCUCAGAGGGAACACAUGUCCAGGGCUCUUGCUGAUGUUAUGAGACCAGAAGCUCCCUGCACAACAGACCACAUGGAACGAGAUCUCAACAUUGUGGUCCACGUGCAGCACUAUGAGAACAUGGAAACGAGACCUCCUGCAAACAACUUGCAUGCAACACAGAUGAACAACGUGGUGCCAACAUCGCCUCUUCUCCCACAGCUGACACAUCCGCACUCCUUCCCAAGCAUGGGACAGAUCACAAAUCCGUACGAACAGCAGCCGCCAGGGAAGGAGCUUAACAAGUAUGCAUCCCUAAAAGCAGUAGCUGACAAGGUCAAUGACGACUUCUACUCCAAACGGCGCCAUCUCUCGGAGUUCGCCACAAAGGGGAACCUGCCCCUCCACCCGGUGCAUAUGGAGGACGACCGCCCACACAUCCUUGAGGGCGGCACCAUGAAACACAACGGGCAGAAGUCAAAAGCCUCCAAGCCACACAUGCACCCUUUAGCAUACAAAACCUGGGACCCUAGCGACCAGUCCCUCCGAAGGCAUGCCUAUGCAACCAAAGGGAGGAACCUCGCAGGUGAUCCGGCGGGGAGUGAUCCACUCACAACGCGGAGUCAGCAUUACUUACCCACACAGCCAUACUUCAUCACCAACAGCAAGACAGAAGUGACUGUUUGAGACCAACUUUCUUCUUACUCUUUUUUUUUAAUUAAAAAAAACAACAAGGGGGAAAAACACAAACACAACUGGAAGAGAUAAGAUCAAAAGCUCGGAACAAGGAGAGGUGGACAUUCCUGGUGGAGGGGAGGCGGCGGUUCCUGGUUAAGGUAGCCAGCUAUGAGCCGAAGAUUGGGUUAGCGCUAUAUAGCAAUAUACACCGAAGGUUGUUUGAACUCCAUUUGUAUUUUACACUGGAAACCAACCCCUUGGGACUGAACCAACCUUUCUUUCUUUCUUUCUUUCUUUCUUUCUUUCUUUCUUUCUUUCUUUCUACUCCAAAUUCAAAUCCAUGAUGAGAAGUAGCACAAUCUAGAGACACCAUCCAUCAGCUUAAGAACUUUUUCUGCAACGUCCCUACCUUGGGCUAGAUGGGCAUCAACGCAAAAUGAUACAUCAGGGUGGGAGGGACAUUGUGAAGUUCGGGGCUUUCUUUUGUACAAAUUUUAAGAUCUGUGGAGAAGAAGGGGAAGCUGAAACAAAGAGCAAACACCUGGGUAGAAAUCCUUACGUUUUAGUGUUUCCUUUUCUUUUCUUUUUGUACCGUCACUAAAGAAGCAAGCAAGCAAGCAAGCAAGCAAAAAAUAUCUAUAUACAUACGAAACAUAAGAAAAGACUCACGCGAAACCUGUGAAGACUGUUACAGUGACAAGCAUAUGGAGACUUUCUAGGAAGUGGAAAGCUCACACGAGAGAUGAUUUUAGCCCCCACUUUUAUGUCUUACAUUUUUCAGGACUUUUCAGGGGGUGGGGGUAGGGCCAGAAGAAGCAGGAUGUUGGUGGGGAUUUUUCACCCCAGUCUAAGCUGCCCUAUCUGUGGGCAAUGAAUAAAGCCAGUUGCUCUUCAGCCAGUUCCAAAUUUUUCUUACCCUGAUUCCCUCUCCUCCAUUUCCUGUUACUUUGGACUGAAGAUAAAUAAGCGUGGGUGGUGCCUUUACUGUAUUGCUAACGUUUAAUGAUUGUCUUGUUUUUAAAGUGAAACCUGUACCAACUUACGAUUCUUUCCUCAUGUGUGGGACGCAACCAAUCAGGUGUCAUUCCGUCCAUUUUGCUGCCAAGAGAGAACAUGUUUUACUGAUGUGUCGUGUUUUUGCCAGGCCAGAAGUUGCUCUCCUGGCCUGCCUCUUCACCUAUUGAAACAAUCUCUCCCUGCCUCAAAUCUCCCCAGUAUGAAGAUUACUAAUGUGGUAUCUUCUCAAAGUUGCUGAACUUCAGUUCUUAUCAGCCUCAGCCCAGCAUGGUGGAUAUUCAGGGAUGAUGGGAGCUGUAGUCCAUCAUCAUCUGGAGAACAUCACGUUGGCUAUCCUUGGCUUUCAGCCUUUCAUUCCAUCUUUGCAUUUAUGCCAAUGUUCCUUCAUUAACUUCUUUUCAGCCUUUCUCUCUCUCUCUUCCCCCCAUAUGGUUAAUCCCUUUUAAAAGGUCCAUAUGUUUUAAAGGGAGCGUCACAUGCUACCAUUUCCCAUAAAGGAAGCCUGCAUGUAAAAAAAGAAAAAUAUAUAUUUUUAUUAGUUUCUCAUUAUUGAUAUGCAUUUGUUCAUGCUAAUAUACCCAUCUAAAUGUGAGGCAUGCUACUCCUGGGAUGAUAAAGGACAUUUGGAUCAAGGCUGAGGUUGAACAAGCAUGCAAGAGUUGUGUCUGCAUGCUUGGGAGCCAAUGAACUGAAAACAUAAGAUUUUUACAAUCACUGUGCACUAAACUCCGCCACUCUCUGGAGAAAGCAAAACUCAGUCUCAUCAGGGAUGGUGACAGCACCUGGCUUGUUCACGUAGCUGUUGGGGCCCAAAUGCCUUGGCAGGGCCCACUGAUGCUGAUGGUUUGCCUCCCUUCUAAUGGUUUGUUUGUUUUUCCUUCCUUCCUUUCAUACAUGUCUCAUACUUGCUCACUGCAUCUGCAUACCUGUGGCCCAUGAGCGGUAGGGAUGGAGAGGGAGGUGUUUUGUGAUGCUGGGAGACUGGUACAAGCAUUGUUAGGGGCGGCCCUGUGAGGUGGCCUGAGCCCUGGGCCUCCUUCUGCCAUAUAUAUAUAUAUUUCCUUGUAAGGUGGCAGGGCACACUGCAAAGUGCAGUGCUGCUGAGAUCCCUGACACCGAACACCUUAAUUUGUUUGUUGCAUUUAUCAUCCCAUUUAUAUUCUAACUUUUCUCCAAGGAGCUCAAGGUAGAACAACAAGCUCCAAGGUGGAGCUUAAGGGUCUCCUAACAACUCUCAGCAUCCUCAACAAAUCAUCAUUCCCAGGAUUUUUGAGGGGAAACCAUGACUGUUUAAAGUGGUAUAUUGCUUUAAGAUUAUAGUACAGAAGGAGCCCCACAGCCCAAUGCUGGUCUCAUUUAAUUCAAUGGAGCUUACUCCCCAUUAAAAGAAGAUAUAGGAUUGCACUCCUAGACACUCCACUCCACAAAUGUGGAGGGUUUUGUUCUCCAUUGCGCUUAAGUUCAGUUUAUGAGCCAGCAGAAGUACAACUAUACUUUGAUUUAUGAAUAUUUAUUUAGAAGAAUUGAUAUACCGUUUAAUUUAAAAAAUCAGUCUAUAAGCAAUGUACAUAAAACAAGUGAUGAAAACAAGUAUUUCUUAUUUUAUUUAUUUAUAACAAUAUAAAAUAAUUAUCAAUGCUACACAGAUAAAGCCAGCAGAAGUUAAAAACAAAUACUGAAUUAUAUAUCUGGAUAGGCUUGUCGAAAUAAAAAAGGGAGCAUUUAGCAAGGCAUCUAAAACAGUAUAGCAAGGGUGCCUGCCCUUUGUUUUCCUGCCUGAAUGAUAUCGAUAACCUCUGUUGUGUUUUGAAUGUAUUCCCCCCCCACCCCCAUUAUGCAUGGUAGUGCACCACAAAUGAUAACUCAGAGCACACCCCAGCUCAUGUGUGUUUAAAAUUGAUUUCCCUAGGCUUAAAAUUGAUUUUCCUGGACAAGGUCUGGAUUGUGCCCCUCCAUGUUCUAUAAAUCUUGGGUGUAGGUUUGUGCGGUAGUCGCUGUUGCCCAUUGGGACUGGUAGGGCGGAAUGCAGGAAGACCAACAGUAGAUGGCGCCAGAGCCAGUCAGAGCCAAUUAAUUCUCGCUUUGUUCCCUGUUGAGUCAUAGAAGGACAACGUUAAGGCUAAGGAGGAGGAUGCUGGUAGGCUGUGCUCUUGGACUGGCUGUAACGUAAGAAGAGAGGCAAGGGGUUGGUUGGUUGGUUGGUUGGCUGGUUGGCUGGCUGGCUGAAGGCAGACUGAAGUUGGUGGGCCCUAAUGGACCAGCCUACACAGAGUUUGUAGAAGAUUAUUAUAAUUCUCACAGGUAUUCACAAUGGAGAAGAUAUUGAGUUGGAAAUAAAGCUCUGAAAAGGGCAACGAAAAUAAUCAAGGAGAUGGAGAAAGGUUUCAACAUUUGAGAUGCUGUAGUUAAGAGGAAGGCUGAGUGACAUGGCAGAAGUUUAUAAAAGUAUGUAUGGCAUGGAGAAAGUAGGUAGAGAAAAGUAUUUCCCCUCUCUCAUAACACUAGAAUUUGUGGAUCUCCAAGGAAGCUGAAUGCUGGAAGAUUCAGGACUAAUGAAAGAAAGUACCGUACUUUUCCGUGUAUAAGACUAGGGGGUUUGGGGGAGGGGGUGUUAAAGUAUGCUAAAAAGUGGGUGUCGUCUUAUACAUGGAUAGUGCCUAGGGUGGGGGUGUGAUUGGUUGCUGCCGUGGCUGUCAGAGGCUAUUGGGCUGCGUGAAGGGCUGGUGUUGAUUGGCUGUCACUGUGGCCAUUGGGCGGGCGAUUGGCAGCUUCUGCUGGCAUGUGGGUUAGCAAUUUUCAGCAAUUCCCUCUAAAAAAGCUCAACAAACUUGGGCAAUUCUCCUCCCCCCCCCAAAAAAAAAACCACCUCAACAACUUUGUGCCAUCUCCCCCUAUUUUCUUAAAUUUUAGUCCCCCAAAAUAGGGGGCGUCUUAUACACGAAAAAAAUAUGGUAUUUCUUCAUGCAGCACAUAAUUAAACUGAGGAACUGGCUCUCAUAGGUGGCAGUGAUGCUCAGCAACUUGGAUGACUUUAAAAGAUAAUGAGGCAAAUUCAUGGAGGAGAGGGCUAUAGAAGACUCCUAGACAUGAUGGCUUUGCUCUGCUUCUGCAACUGGAGACAACAGUGCUUCUGAAAAUCUGUUCCUGGAAACCCCAGGAGAGGAGAGGACUCUUGUGCUCAAGUCCUGCCUAUGAGUUUCCCAUAGGCCACUGUGAGAACAGGCUGCCAGGCUAGAUGGGCCCUUGGCUGACUUUUCUUAUGUUUUUUAUUGCUUUUACAAUAUUCAGGUAAAUGGUGAGGAAUGUGUAAUUGCCUUAUCUGUAGUAUACAUUUAAAGCAAUCUCAAACCACUUUAAAAAGCCAUGGUUCUCCCCCAAAGCAUCCUGGGAACUGGAGUUUGUUAGGGGUGCUGGGAACUGUUAGGGCACCCCUUUUCCCCUCACAGAGCCACAUGUUUUGAGGUGAUUUAACCAUCAAUCCCUCUUUCCAGGGAACUCUAGGAAUUGUAGGCCUCUGAGGGAAAUAGGGGUCCCGUAACAACAUUCAGUGCACCCUAGUCCACUGGAUUCUUCAGGGGAGGGAAGCCAUGAUUGUUUGAAAUGGUAUGAUAUGGCUUUAAACGUAUAGUGCAGAGAGAGCCCAAGAACAAACCAAUAGUUUUCAGAAAUUAGUAAUAAGAGAGGGCUGGAAACUUUGGCAGAAUUUCACCCUUUCCUCAUACAGAAAAGAAUUCAGUCCCCAGUUUUAGGAAAUCUUUUCUCCCACUACCACCCACCAUUGUUUAACCAGAGAUCUCUAAGUUUAGAAGAUAUAAGAGAUAUUUAAUAUAUUUCAAUAUUUUAUAUAUGUAUAUACUAGAGGCACCACUCUAAGUGGUGUACAUAAAACAAUGAUUAGAUAAAAUCAG